AUGUGUGCAGACAGCAGGCACCCCGGCCAGCAGCUGUUCAGCCUGCUGCCAUCAGGGAAGAGACUGGAGUCCCGACACAAACAGGCUGAGGAACAGCUUUAUCCCUCGGUCCAUCAGACUCCUGAACUCAGGAGAAUUGAGCAUGCUGCAGGUUGUAUGAGUGACAGAUAUGGGGUCAGCGAGAUCAAAUCUGCAGACUUUCACUCUGUGACCGCUGAAGGAGUGGAGUCCGAGUUGCGCGGACAGGUCGGGGGAUCGGUGGAGCUGGAGUGCAGCCUCCCGCCAUCGGAUCUGGCAGCCGCGCCCGCCGUGGCCUUGCACGUGGUGGAGUGGAUUCGACAGGGACUCGACAUUCCAGUGCUGAUUAAAUUCGGAUCGUACCCACCUCGAGUUCAUCCAAAUUAUGAGGGUCGGGUGACUCUGGUGCGAACCACCUCCCUCAGGCUGGACGGCCUGCAGCUGGACGACCAGGGCGCGUACGAGUGUCGAAUCCUCCUGCUGGACAAGCCCUCGGACGAGCUGCGAAACGGGACCAGGACCGUGCUGUCCGUCACGGGUCCUCCAUCCUUCGUCCAAGCCCCGCCUCCUGUGGUGGAGGUUUUGGUCGGAAGUCCUCUUUCUCUGUCCUGCAUUGCCAGCGGCAACCCUGCUCCCACCAUCACUUGGCUGAAAGAUGGCAGCGUCAUUCAAAAAAGUGAUACUCGGGAGGCAGAGUUAUCUCUGCGAGCAGCGAGCAUGCAGUCAGCAGGACAGUACACCUGCCACGCCUCCAACCCAGAGGGAAACGUGACUCGCGUGACAAAAGUGAAGAUCAAAGGUCCACCCGUCAUCGUCAUCCCUCCCAAAAAUACAUCUCUCAACAUGUCCCAGAAUGCACUGCUGCAGUGCCAGGCGGUGGCGGACCCCCCCAACAUGACCUACGUGUGGCUGAAAGGUGGCGAGAACGUCUAUCACAUCGAGUCUCUGAAGUCACGAGUGAAGAUCAUGGUAGAUGGGACUCUACUCAUCUCCAGCCUCAUCCCAGAGGAUUCUGGGAACUACACCUGUGUGCCCACCAACGGCCUGCUGACUCCACCGGCCGCCUCUGCAAACCUGACAGUGAUGCACCCAGCCGAGCCGCUCCGAAUGCCCCAGGAAACCUACCUGCCCACAGGUAUGGACGGCGUGGUCUCCUGCCCGGCGGCCGCUCAGCCUCCGCUGCUCCGGGUGGAGUGGACGAAAGACGGUGAACCGCUUGACUUGUCCUUGUAUCCAGGAUGGACCUUGAAGCCGCAGGGCUCCCUCUUCAUGGCCACGGUCAAUGACGACGCAGCGGGCGUGUACGCGUGCACGCCGUACAACAGCUACGGCACCAUGGGUCCGUCCGGGCCGACAAAUGUAAUUCUGCAGGACCCCCCAUCCUUCAGCGUCGCUCCCGAACCGCAGUACAGGCGGGACGCCGGGGGGACGCUGCUCAUCCCAUGUCAAGGAAAUGCAGACCCAACAAAUAAGAUAAGCUGGAGCAAGGUGGACCCCGUUCGUCGGAUUUCUUACUCCAUCGAACCCAACGGUUCCCUGCUGCUGCAGCCCCUGGGUAAAGACCACCAGGGGGCGUGGGAAUGCAGCGCUUCCAACCGCGUGGCCUCCGUGAAGGCCGCCACGCAUGUCUUUGUCCUGGGAACCAGUCCCCAUGCGGCUACCGCUCUGUCCGUCUCUCCGGGGGUGAAGCAGGCCAACAUAUCCUGGGAGGCAGGCUUUGAUGGAGGAUCAGCGCAGACAUUUUCAGUUUGGGUGAAGAAGAUUUCAGCAGGCGCUAAUGAUGGGAAGCGAGAGUGGUUCUCGGUGCCGGUGCCCCCCUCCUCCGGCACCCGGCUGCAGGUGACCGGCCUGUCUCCCUCCACCAGCUACCAGUUCAGCGUCCUGUCUCACAACAGGAUGGGGAUGGGCCCCUUCAGCGACAUCGCCAUCGCACGGACACUGGGUUCUACACGGAGGAGAAAUAGACCAAAGCCCCCCACGUCCCUGUUGGCCGGUCGGGGCCCAACGGGGGUCGUCCUGCAGUGGUCUCCUCCUGAAGCUCAGCAGCCCCCCAUCACAGGCUUCAUUCUCCAAUCCCGUACUGAGCAAGGGGACUGGUUCAAUUUGGAUGAGGACAUCAGCGCCAAUGCCAGCGAGACCGUGGUCCCCGGGCUGCACAAGGACUGUGUGUACGAGCUGCGCCUGCUAUCUCGUCGUGGGGAGUUGCUGAGCGAGCCCAGUCCAUCAGUCAAUGUCUCCACCAUAGGGAUGGAGAUCUACCCCGCCACGUCCCGACUCCUGGAGUUCGUCCCGGAGCCAUUACUGGCCGGCGUGCUGAGCGGGGCCGGCUUCAUGUUUUUGGCACUGGUCUUGCUGCUGGGGUUCGCCUGCGCCGUCAGCCACAAGAGGAACCGCCGCCGCAGGAGGAAGAAGGAUGAGCCCCCCACUGCCAUCUAUAAAUGCUCCCCAUCAAUAAAGACUUCAGGCACCAGCAGUCCAGACAGUGUGCUGAAGAAAAGCCUACUCCCAGCCAACUCCCUCUAUCCCACAUCUUCCUCUACCACCACCUCCUCCUCGCUGCAGACAGACUGUUCCUCCUUUAGCUCUGACAACCAUCAUAGGCGGAAGCAAUUCAUGUCCAAAUACAGCCAAGGCUCUCUCACUGAGACGACUUCUGCUCUGAUUUCUCCUCACAUCGAGAUGAUUUCUCGGGGUCCAGAUGGACGAUUCGUAAUCUCACAGUAUGACGACACUCAGAGUGUUCGCAGUAAGAAAAGCGGAAGGUAUGAUCAAGCCUCACAUGUCCGAAGAUCUGCAUCGCUGCAUUCAGAGAGGGAAGACCGGAAAGACUUGCCUUUUGUGCUUUCUGUGGAUCUCCCGCCUUGCAAAGCAGGGACUUAUUCUGGAAGUCGAACCUGCGGCAUGCCCCUGCACCUGCCCUGUGAUGACCCCCGCUCUGUGGAUCCCAAAGCCAGUUGUGACGGCUUCCCUGAUCUCAGCAGCAUGUGCUCCAACAGCAGUUUGUCCACAAUCCCUCAUUACAACAGAGACUUUACGCCCACGUUCCCAGUGCUUCCACAUAUCCGCUCCGGCUUCGGUCAGCCGUCCACGACCGCGAGUACCCUGGUGCUUCAGAUGGAGCACGAGCGGGAGAGGGCGAACCUGAGCCGCUGUCUCAGACUGGCUGUGGAGCGGGAGGAAUUGGAGAGGGAGCUCCAGAGGUACACGCUAGAAAGAACUUCCACGAGGGAAAUAAAGAGAGAAGAGUCAGACACAGAGAGGACGACGGAUUCGGGUGAUGGGAUUAUGUGGGAAUACAAGAGCAAAACCUUGCCACACAGACAUCCCCAAGGCAACAAGGAGAACUCUUUCUCUUCAUCUGCAGCCCAUUGGGAGGCCCUUUCUCAAGUUUCCACUCCUUGUCUGAUCCCUUCUAGGACCCGGCUCAGCUUGUCUUCACCUGCCUCUUGUUUUAAGUCCGGCAGCCAUCAUCCUUCUUCAUUCUUUGCCAAGCAGGCCUCUCUCCGAUCUGAGGAGGCAGGCAGUUUUUCGAAAGACAGAUUAACUCUCCCACAUCUCUCCUCAAAGCACCAGAGACAUGAAAGAGCACAGGCAGCACCAGAGGGCUAUGAUAAUUCACCACAAUCCACAACCUUAGAAAUGCAAACGAGUGAUUCAUGCUCCGAGGCACAGAGACAGAACAAUCUUAGUCAUGGCAGCUAUUCAACGUUGUCUUUCCACAGCAAUAAAUACACUGGAAGAUCUCAUUCUGCUCUCCAUGCAUUGCAAGACUCAUCGAAAAAGGAGUUAGCACUCCCCGGGCACUCUGCUGAGGACCAGUGUGUGGAG